AUUGGUUGCGGUUAAGUAGGCGGGUCGCCGAGGAGCCUGAAGAAGAGGGCGGCGGCAGUGGUGGUGACUGAGCGGAGCCCGGUGACAGGAUGGCUGGGCACAGAGUAAGUUUCUUCACUUAGCUCCUACUAACCAUGGUGGUUGGGUGGCUGUUUACUGACUGGAUUUCUCACCCUUUUAAGUUGGUGUUGGUAUUAGGAGAUCUGCACAUCCCACACCGGUGCAACAGUUUGCCAGCUAAAUUCAAAAAACUCCUGGUGCCAGGAAAAAUUCAGCACAUUCUCUGCACAGGAAACCUUUGCACCAAAGAGAGUUAUGACUAUCUCAAGACUCUGGCUGGUGAUGUUCAUAUUGUGAGAGGAGACUUCGAUGAGAAUCUGAAUUAUCCGGAACAGAAAGUUGUGACUGUUGGACAGUUCAAAAUUGGUCUGAUCCAUGGACAUCAAGUUAUUCCAUGGGGAGAUAUGGCCAGCUUAGCCCUGUUGCAGAGGCAGUUUGAUGUGGACAUUCUUAUCUCAGGACACACACACAAAUUUGAAGCAUUUGAGCAUGAAAAUAAAUUCUACAUUAAUCCAGGUUCUGCCACUGGGGCAUAUAAUGCCUUGGAAACAAACAUUAUUCCAUCAUUUGUGUUGAUGGAUAUCCAGGCUUCCACAGUGGUCACCUAUGUGUAUCAGCUAAUUGGAGAUGAUGUGAAAGUAGAACGAAUUGAAUACAAAAAAUCUUAAAGCCAGGCCUGUCCUGAUGAUUUUUUUUUUCAUUGUCCUGUUGAAAUCAAGUAAUUAAACAUUUAAGAGCCACAAAAUUGUAUCACUUUUAUAAUAUUUUGCAGUAAAAUAUAAUACCAUCUUCUCUGUUAAUACAUAAUUGCUCUAAGCUUCCUGUAAACUGUAAGAUAUAUUUAGUUUAUAGUAUAUGAAUUCUAUGAAAAAAUGUCCACAACACAGUAAUUGGUCACUUGUUAAGAAAAAUUUAUCCUUGUAAAUAUCUUCAAAGUUGGUAUUUGGAACUUUAUUCCAAAAGUAGUGCAUGUGGAGAAAGAAUUUAGACUAUCUUGUAUACAUUUUUCUCUUCUCUAGUAAUAAACAAUUACCUUUCAUUUAUACUUUCUUGAUAACCUGUAUUUAAUUUUAAAAAACAUAAAAAUGAGGAACCAAGUGAAACUACGCAUAUAAAUAUUAAAGUGAAGUGGACGAGAUGACCUUUCA